CAGAUAACACGCACUGCAGUACAUCCAUCCACGGCUGAUUGGGGUCCUUUUCUCCAAUAUUUUAUCCUACUUCUUCUCCUUCUCCUCCUCCUCUGAUCCCAAUCCAUAGCAUUCUCAUAUUAGUUGAACAGCCCUUGAUGAUGACCAUUCAGGCCGCAAAGUUUACUCCAGAGGUCCUCCUCUCGGCGCCGCGGCGCUCGCCCGGCGUGCCCAAUGCGACGGGCGAGCUUGUCUUAUACACGGUCUCGACGUACUCUUUCGAUACCCACUCCAAAACUUCGCAGAUCCGAGUGCUCAACAUUAAAGAGGGGACAUCACACCUAGUUUCCGAAGACUCCGCAGCCAGCGAUCCUAUCUGGAUCGGCGAAAAGGAAAUCGCCUAUGUCAAGGGCCUCGAUAAUGGUGCUUCGGCACUGGUGGCGCAGCAUGUCAUCGACACAAAUGAGACAAACACCAUCCACCGCUUCGUUGGAAGUAUUUCCAGCGUCAAGGCCAAGCCUCUAUCAGCAGACAAAGUGGCUUUCUGCUGUGCAGCUCUGACGACUCCCGACGGGCAGCUUUACAAUCCAUCUGCGGAGCCAAAGUCUCAUACCUCGGCCAAGAUCUACAAAUCCCUUUUUGUGCGACAUUGGGAUUCCUGGAACACUGAAAAUAAAAACUCUCUUUGGUAUGGUCAAUUGGAGAAGGUAGACGGCAAAUGGACGCUCGGAAACUCUGCUCUCACUAACCUGCUUGCGGGCACUCGAUUGAACUCUCCCGUACCCCCAUUUGGAGGUACAGGUGACUUUGAUAUCUCCUCGAGUGGCAUUGUAUUUGUUGCCAAGGAUCCGGAUCUGAACCACGCGAGAUACACCAAGACUGACCUUUACUUUGUUCCUCUGAGUUCAUUCUUGGAUAAGCCAACUGUCCCCCAAAUUGUCAAGACCGGAAGGCUGCUUGGAUAUUCCAGCUCGCCCGUCUUUUCUAAUGAUGGCAAACAAGUGGCUUUCCUUCGCAUGAAAUCCCAGCAGUACGAGGCCGACAAGACGAGACUUCUGUUGAUACCAGACGUGGCCGAUCUGAGCAAUGUCCAAGAGUUUUACGAGACGGACGACGACAAGGGUGGUUGGGAUUUCAAGCCUGAUUGGAUCGUUUGGAGCCAUGACAAUAAGGAAUUGUACGUUGCGGCCGAGAAGCACGCUCGUGUUGUCCUGUGGAAAUUGCCAUCCUCACCCUUGGAAGCCACGUCUCUUCCUACCCCUAUUCACGAGGACGGAUCAGUCGCCGAGGCAAAGGUUCUCGGAAAUAGUUCAUCGCUGCUAAUAACGACAAGGUCACGAGUCGAAAGUUCCAACUAUUCGAUACUCGACCCUGGUACAAAAUCGGUCACCGUUGUCUCCUCUACAUCCAAACAGGGUCGGACUUUCUCUUUGACCAGAUCACAAUGUCAGGAGAUUUGGUACAAGGGCUCCAAGGGUUAUCCUGUCCAUGCCUUAGUGACUCUCCCCUCGACUUUUGACUCGUCUAAAAAGUAUCCCUUGGCUUUCUUGGUACAUGGCGGGCCACAGGGGGCGUGGGGAGAUGACUGGAGUACUCGGUGGAAUCCUGCCAUUUUUGCUGAGCAAGGUUACGUGGUUGUGAGCCCUAAUCCGACUGGAAGCACAGGUUAUGGCCAAGAUCAUACCGAUGCCAUCCAAAAUAAUUGGGGAGGAGAUCCCUACAUUGAUCUGGUCAAAUGUUUCGAGUACCUUGAGAAGGAAGUGAGCUACAUUGAUACGGAUAGGGCAGUUGCUCUCGGCGCAUCGUACGGAGGCUACAUGAUGAACUGGAUCCAGGGCCAUGAUCUGGGGCGAAAGUUCAAAGCUCUGGUAUGCCAUGACGGUGUCUUUUCGACCCUCAGUCAGUGGUCUACAGAAGAGCUGUUCUUCCCCGAGCAUGACUUUGGCGGUACCCUCUGGGAUAACCGAGAAGGCUAUGAGAAGUGGGACCCGGCCAAGCAUGUCGGCAACUGGGCCACACCACAACUGGUUAUCCAUAAUGAGCUCGAUUAUCGUCUGCCAAUCUCGGAGGGUUUGGCUAUGUUCAACGUCCUUCAAGCUCGCGGCGUGCCUAGCAAGUUUGUUAUGUUUCCUGAUGAGCAUCAUUGGGUACUCAAGCCAGAGAACUCCUUGGUUUGGCAUAGAGAGGUGCUAGACUGGAUCAAUAAGUACAGCGGAAUCUCUGAGCAGAAAUAGGCAUUUGUCACUUUUCUUUGGGAUAUCCCCGCAUCGAAUUCGCAGGAGUAUGACAAGUUUGUAAAACAUGUGAAGCUUUUGGAGAGGCCUUUGUUUUGCUUCUUGAUUGUCUAUAACUUGCGUUUGGUACAUUGCAUAACUGGUGGGACGUUUUCUUCCUUCUUCAUUUAAUAGCAUAUAGUCGAAGCUAUAGCCCAAACGCUAUUCUUAAAUAAAUCAUUCAAUCCAGGUAGUUUGCUU